CUCAAUCACAACAAAACAAAAGAUCCUCACGUAUUACCAGUUCACGCACUAGCUUUGGUACUAAUGUUAAACCCUCUUCAUCAGGAGGCUCUUCCUCCUCUUCAUCGAGUGGUGUCAAUUUCGAUUGUCCCGAAGAGUUUGGCUACUAUCCCCAUCCCACCGAUUGUACUCAGUAUUAUGUGUGCGUUUUCGGUGGUGCCUUAUUGGAAAGUUGUACUGGUGGUCUUAUGUACUCUCAUGAGUUACAGACAUGUGAUUGGCCCCGUAAUGUAGGCUGCGAAGUGGUCGAUACUCAUGAACGUCGUCCACAACAACAACAGCAGCAGCAACAGCACAGCCAGCAACAUCAACAACAAACUAAUGCUAAUCAACAUGUACCAAGUAGAGUACGUUUUGGUUCGGCCUUUACCAGUCCCCAAGAGGUGAGAACUCAGCAACCUCAACAGGUUUUGAAAGCUACUGUACCACCUCAAUAUCAUCGACAACCACCACAGGUUAUUCAGGCUCAAGUGCAGACAAUAUCGCAACAGUCGGAAAAUUCGAAUCCCAUAAUUACAUCUAGAGGGCAACCUAAACAUUUGCUAGAGGCUCAAGAAGAAAUUGCUAAGCUCUAUGCUGAUGCCCAUGAAUCCUUGUUACCCGUCGAGGAAGAAGAAAGUGAUCGUCAGCAACGUGUUUAUCGUGGUCAACCCAGUACUGUGAGUCAAGUGCAAAAGGAUCGUGAUGGUAUCAUACAUCAAGCCAGUAUCAAUGCCAUACCCAAUAAUGACAAAUUCAGUUCAUACAAUUUCGGUACACAAUACCGUAUUGAAACCUCAUCUCCAUCAUCAUCAUCCAUACAAUUGGCUACACCGCCAACCAUUUUUAUACAAACGGCUAGACCACCAACCAUACAACAACAACAACACCAACAUCAACCCCCACAACAACAGCAACAACAAGUUAUUGUUGAAACUAUACCAUCAACACAAACUCAAAAUCGUAAUCAACAACAACAUCAAUAUCAACAACAACAACAAUUAUCACCACCAUUACCAACAUUAGCUCAACCCCAACCAUUUAGUCAGAAUCGUAAUUAUUAUAAUACAUCAGCGUCUUAUAAUCAUAAUAACAAUAACAAUAAUAAUUAUCCAAAUCAUAAUGUUGUGUCUUAUAUACCACAACAACAACAACCACAACAAAUACCUUUACAACAUUCAUUACAAAAUCAGCAACAACAACAACAAACCCAACAACAACAAUCAUUAAUAACACAAAACGAUAAUGUUCAACAAUCUGAACAAAGUCCUUAUGAUACUUAUUAUUCUGUUUAUGACGAUGAUAUUGAUUUGUAUAGGGAUAUAGAAUAUCAACAACAACAGCAGCAGCAACAACAACAACAACGUCAGCAGCAGCAACAACAUCGUCCACAACCUCAACAACAACAAUAUCAACAGCCUAUAAGAUCCCAACCCCAACAAUCGACUUAUCGCCCAUUGGAAAUAUUUACAACACCAGCACCGCAAUCACAGCUCCCUGCGCUACGAGAAACUUAUAAACCCCAACAACCUAAACCCCAGGAAAGACCCACCUAUCAAACAAAUCAACAAGCCUUGGUAUAUAACGCGGACUAUGACGAUGAUUUGAUAGCACAAAUCGAACAAGAUAACGCCUACGAUCAACCCACUAGAUCACCACCAUCAAGGAAAGAACAAGUAUCUAUACAAACUUUAGGUAGUGGUCCCUCUUCGACCGUGCGCAGCCUGAUUAAUGGAAAUGAUGAGCGCAAUUAUUAUAGUACUUUAACCACACCAUUGCCCCCCUUAAAUCUUAAUGAUCCCGAUGAAUAUAUUUACGAAACGGAAUAUGUAGAUGAUCCCGAUUAUUAUUAUAAUGAUAAAUUACAUACACCGGCGCCUACUUUAACGACCUAUAAACCUAAAGUUAGGACCCAAAUAAAUGACAAUCACAAUGAUGAUCAGGACUACAAUAUAAUUGGUACAAAAUUACAAAGUACACAGAAUACGAAACCAAAGAAUAGAAUAAAUACCAGGCCGGAAAUUAUUCUAUCAACUCCAGUGUCCACGAUUAGAACUACCAGACCUACAACGACGGCUUCAACAUCAACCAGUACUAGUUCCACCACCACUACUACCACAACUACUACAACAACCACCACUACAACAACACCCAAACCUUCAACCACAAAAAUAAGUAAAACUACCAGUCCUUCAGUCACCACAACUAAAUCAAGAUCCAAACAAACGCAUGCAAAUAAAAAAUUACAACAACAACAACCAGAACUACAACAACAACAAAAGUCACAAAAACAUUUUAGACCAGAACCCAACACACAAUUCCAGACAACAACAACAUCAACAACUCCCUCCACUACUACUACCACCACCACUCCAUAUCCCACUUCAGCCCAAUCCCCCAACUUAUAUAACCCAAUUACCUCUAAACCUAAACUUCCUCAACAUAUCCCUCAAACGGUUGUUAACGAACCGGAAAUUUCCACGGCAAGAGUAAUUGCACAAACAUAUCCACACUCUAGACAGGUGCUAGCAUCCAAAAGUUCAAGAACUCACAAGGAUGCCAAUUUACAGAGUCUAGAAGAUGUUGAGACUGUGUUCGAUGAGAGUCAAAAUGUUCAAGUACAAAGUGCUGAGCCACCAAAAAGUCGCAAUUCCGGUACUCAUUAUAAAACAAACACACAACAUGAUCGAGGUGCUUAUGCCUCCGAAAACUAUGCUACCAGUCCGCGCGGUAAUCAUGUGCGUUCGCAAACCGAUAAGUCGGCUAACGAAUUCAAAGCAAAAAGUUACGAUAUAUAUGGUGGACUUAAAAGCAAUGAAUUUACCGAGGAUAAGAAAUCUAAAACAAAUUUCAAAGAUGUUAAAACGCAAAUCAAAAACUAUGUUAUAUCAGAUGUGGCACCACAAAGUUUCAAACCACCCUCAACGGAAAUAAAUGCCAGAGGCAAAUUGGAAUCAGAAGAAGAGGUGGAGGUAUUAAAUGGUGCCAGUUCUUCCACUACACUAAGAUAUCCGGGAACGUUUAAAACUUCAACGGAAGCCAAACCAUUUGAGUAUAGUUUGCAAACGGGUAAAAAUGGUUUUACCUUAAGAGCCCAGCAUUUGCCUCACAUAGAAGAAAGCUCAAAGCCUUUAUAUGAAAGAAGACCAGCCAUACAAUACUUUAGUAUACCCUCAACAAGUUCAACCACACUCAAGACCACAACGCCAACCACAACUACAAGUUCUACAACAACAACUACCACCACUACAGAAGCUCCUACAACUAAACCUACCACAACCACUACCACCACCACCACAGAAAAGCCAAUAUUUAAGCCUCAUACGGAAAUAGUUUAUGUAGAAACCUACUAUGAUGAUGAUAUACAGCCCACUACAUAUGCACCUCCUUUAAGAACAUGGCGCAAUGGUAGACCAACCAUACAAACUAUACCACCAACUUCAACUAGCACUUUUAGUUCCAGAGCACAAACUUUCUAUGAUUAUAGCUAUAGAAUACCAACGGAAUCUAGUAAAUUACAAUCGUUGGCUAAGGAAUACUUACCCAGAACAACAAGCACCAGUUCCAGCACAACUAUAACAACAAUUACUACAACCACCACGCCCAAACCUACAACAACUACUACUACAACCACAACGCCCAAGCCGACAACAACAACCUCUACCACAACGCCUAGAACUACAACUACUUCCACUACUACUAGCACUACUGAAAGACCCAUACAAACAUUUACCGCUAGAUCGGCUAAUUUCAAAGAUAAUUUACAAAAAACUACCACAUUAGCCAGUCAACGAUUUGUAUCGCCAUUUAAGAGUUUAGAAACUUUGUUACAAAAAGAUGAAAGAUCAUCAUUUUCGAAUGUGAGACCCACAAUUAAACCGAAAUAUUUCACCCAACCCAGUACACAACAUCCAUUUUUGCAGACCACUAGUAAACCCUUAAGAAGCUACUUUAUAAUAACUUCCCCACCGAAAAAUAUCAAUGAGACCUUAAUUGCCACAAUGGCCACAAAUACAAGAAAUAUCAGUAUAAGUGAUGUAGUAAUUGGAAGUCUAAGAAAUAGCAAUAAUAAGGCUAGUCUAAGUACAACAACUACGACCACAAGCAGCACUACAACGACCACUAAAGCGCCAACAACCACCACCACCACUGAAAGUACCACACCCACCACUAUAUCGACCAUAUUGAAUACCUCCUCUUUAAGAGUCUACAGCCAUAAUCGUAAUGAUGUUUCCGAAAGACCUAGACCAAGGGGUAGAUCAAGGUAUACAGCUGCCACUGCUACUAAUCUAUUGGAAAGGGAUGAACCUACAACCUAUGCACCAAAACAACGUUUCAAACCUGUUGCCGAAGAAAUUACUACUACCACAGCCCCAGGUGCUCAACUACAGGGCAGACGUAAGAUACAAAGAGCACGUAUAGCGGCUCUACAAAAUCAAAGAAUUCCUACGGUAAAUACCAUAAAACCCAGAGAAAAUUAUCAAAGCUUUAAGCAAGAGCUUAAAAAGCAUUAUGAAAAUGAAGCUUUAGAUCAACAUCCAAGAGCCGAAGCUUUAAUAGCCGGUCCGGGAUUGAAUAAUCAAGAUAACAGUAUUGAAAGCACUAAAUCAACUGAGACCACAGAAAAAGAAACCGCCAUAACAGAGAGGCCAUUGAAAUAUUACUACUCCAAUAAGUAUAGACAACAAACCGGAGAACAUACAUUGGCCGAAAGUUUACAAAAUGCUGGCUAUAUAACAUCCUCCACAAAACCGGGAAAUACUAAAUUUAAAACCUCUUCGGUACUCGAACAAUUGCAGUUAUUCUUGGCCGGUGUGGAUAGUGAUGAAAAUGAAUCAUCCUCACCGCAAUUUGUGAAUGAAUUUUCCGAACCUGAAAUUAAAGCAGCAGUACAAGAAAUUAAAAAUCUCUAUGCUUCCACCGGACAAAGACCUUCAUGGACUACGACUACCACUACGACCUUAAGACCUACCACUACCGCCAAACCCCCUACCACUGCCUAUAGCACUAGCACGGCAUUACAAACAACUAAUUUGAAUACUUUACAACACUCAAGCACACACCACACGACCACACCCACUACAACAACAGCUACAACAAAAACAUCUGCUACAGCUAAAGCCACCACACAAAAAUCAAAUCAAAUUAGUUUCACUUCACCGACAACCACAACCACGCCUAAAUACUUUCCCAAAUUUCCAUCCUCAACCUAUAGUUAUUUAACUUCCUCGUCUUCCUCCUCAACUACAACAACUACAACAUCAACUACUACUACUACAACAACAACACCGCAACCAUCACCAUCACAACCUCCUGCUUAUGCCUACUCCAGUCAAACAAACAAACAUUCAACAGCGGGAGCAGCAUCUUCAUCCUCGGGUAACAUACCACCAGCUCGUGUCUCUAGAGUCAAUAACGCUCUUAAAUCAUCAAUAGCAGCAGCUGCUACUGCCUCCCCCUCCUCUUCCUCCUCGCUCAAUGGUAACAAUAAUGCUGGGCCUAAUUCCUCCUCAGCGGCAGCGGGAAGAUCAAAUAAUAAAUUCUCUUUGGGUUCUACGGUUAAAUGUUCUGAUACUACGUCCAAUGCUAAAUGCAAUGAAAUCCCUACGAGAAUCAAUUCGAAUAGCAACAGGAAUCGCGGUAAUUCAGCUUAUCAAGGGGAUCGUGAUGCGGCACCAGUAACUAGCAAUCGUGGAACACAUCCACCACGUACUCGUCCCACAUUGAAACCUUCCGGUACAAUUGUGAGCAAAGCUCAAGAAUUUGUUGAUAUCUAUAAAAAUCCUCCCUCCAGACCCGAGCCCCUCUAUCCACAACCUCAACCUGAUAAAACCGCAGCCAAAUGUCGUAAAGAUGUGUGUCUAUUACCCGAUUGUUAUUGUGGUGGCAGAGAUAUACCCGGAGAUUUAAAAUUGGAAGAAGUUCCUCAAAUAGUAUUGAUAACAUUUGAUGAUGCUGUUAGUACUCUAAAUAUUGAUUACUAUGAUGAAAUAUUUAAUAAUGAAACACGUAAAAAUCCAAAUGGUUGUCCCAUCAGGGGCACAUUUUAUGUAUCACACGAAUGGACCGAUUAUGGUAUGGUCCAAGAUUUAUAUGCGGAUGGCCAUGAAAUGGCUUCACAUACCGUAUCGCACAGUUUCGGUGAACAAUUCUCGCAAAAGAAAUGGACUCGUGAAGUAGCUGGACAACGUGAAAUCUUAGCAGCCUAUGGUGGUGUUAAACUAUCCGAUGUCAGAGGCAUGCGUGCUCCUUUCUUAUCAGUGGGUGGCAAUAAAAUGUACAAAAUGUUAUACGAUUCCAAUUUCACUUAUGAUUCCUCAAUGCCUGUCUAUGAAAAUCGUCCACCAUCUUGGCCCUAUACUUUGGAUUAUAAAAUUUUCCACGAUUGUAUGAUUCCACCCUGUCCUACCAAGAGUUAUCCCGGUGUUUGGCAAGUACCAAUGGUUAUGUGGCAAGAUUUGAAUGGUGGUCGUUGUUCUAUGGGUGAUGCUUGUUCGAAUCCUUCAGAUGCUGAGGGUGUAACGAAAAUGAUCAUGAAGAAUUUCGAAAGACAUUAUACAACAAACAGAGCUCCAUUUGGUUUGUUCUAUCAUGCUGCUUGGUUUACUCAACCUCAUCAUAAAGAAGGUUUCAUUAAAUUCUUGGAUGCUAUCAAUGCCAUGCAAGAUGUUUGGAUUGUUACCAAUUGGCAGGCUCUACAGUGGGUCAGAGAUCCUACGCCCAUUUCUAGAAUCAAUUCAUUCCAACCCUUCCAGUGUGAUUAUUCGGAUCGUCCCAAACGCUGCAACAAUCCUAAAGUAUGUAAUCUUUGGCAUAAAUCUGGUGUUCGUUACAUGAAGACCUGUCAACCCUGUCCAGACAUAUAUCCAUGGACCGGCAAGACUGGCAUACGAUCAUCACGUAUCGAUAACGACAUUGAAGAUUCAGCGUAAAUAACAACUAAUUCAAAAUAUCCAUACAAAAAGUAAUAAUUUUUUAUUUAAAAAUAAAUUUUGAAAAAAUUUUAUUUAUGGCACAAAAUAUUUAGAUAUUCAAAAUUAUAUUCAUAAAGACAUUCACUCGUUUUUCUUUUUUCAAAUAAAAUUAAAAUCAUUAAAAAAAAUUAAGCACAAAUUAUAAAGUUUCUAAGUAAAAAAAAGCAAAAAUUUAACAUAUAAAAUAAUAAUUUAGUUAAGGAAUUUUUUUUUUUUUUUUUUUUGUAUAGGAAAAUUUUCAAUUUAAACUAAAAGUUAUGGAAAUUUAGUAACAACCCAAUAAUUGUUAAAAGAAUUUAUAUAUUUAUUACAUUUUUGCAUUUCGGUGUGUUUUUAUUUAGAACUAUUUUUUUUUUUUAUUUUUGUUAAACCAAAUUAUUUAUUCAAAAUUUUGUUUAUUAUUUUUUUUUUAUUAAUUUUAUAAAUAAGUUUUAGUUUUUAAUUUAAAUAUUAGAAAAUUUAAAACAAAACAAAAAACAACUUAUUUCAUAAUUAAUUCAUUUGUUUUCUUUGUAAAAACAUUAAUAUGGCCACAUUUAAGCGCAAUAUUAGUUUUUAAUUAAUAACUUUUUUGUUUAAACUUUUACAACAUUUAUAACAUCAAAUUAGUUUUAUUAAACAAAAUUUUUAAAUGUUUCUCUUGUAAAAUAUUGUAAAAAAAAAUUAUUUCAUAUUUUUGUCAUUUCUUAUUUUUUUUAACUAUAACGAGUGUAUUAUAAUUAUAAUAUAAAUAAAUUUUAAUUAUAAGUCGUCAUAAAACAUAGUAUAGAAUAUGUGAUAAUGAAAACUUUUUUAAGAUAUUAAACGAAAAAAAAAACACAUUAAACUAAAAUCCUAAAAGUGAAAAUGUCCCUAAACAUUAUUUUUUUCACAUUUCAUAGACCACAAAAAAAUCAAAAUACUCAUCCAUUAAUGCAAAUGUGUAUGUACCCCCUUUUCUUAUGUUUUUAUCCUUAUCUUAUUCAUUUGAUUAUUGUUUUUUUUUUAUUUUACAAUUAUUAUUGUAUUAUUUAUCAUUUUAUGUAAUUUUAAAGUUGCUUUUUUUCUUAAAUAAAUUUUUCAUAUUUUAACAUAA